UAUUGGUGCGCGGGUAGAUGCGCGCGCUCAUUCGAUCGACAGCGCGCGCGCCGCGCACCUCGCGUCACCUGGACCACCACUAGUGCAACAAGCGCGAACUUUCAAAGACUUACUACGACUACUUCAGUUUUAUUAUUUAUUGAGUGGACUGAUUGUUCUGUGACAAAAUGCCGAAGAAUAUCUUAGCCGAGAUGGGGUCCCAAGUGGGCCUCACACCCCGGCAGAACAAAAAGGAGGCAGAAGAAUGGGCCCGGCGGCAGAGCGGACCUAUGGUCAACCCGUCGUUCGAGCCGGACGACUUUCUUCCCCAGAGCCUAUCACCGGUAAAGGAUGAGAAGAAGAGGCCAGGAGACAAGAGCAUCUUCCUCGUUAACAUGAAGGAGAAGAAUAUCCCUGAGGUGGAGGAGUAUGAACCUUAUGACAACAGAGUCGUGGAUCACCCCACCACGAACAUGGAAACCUUUCUUCAUCUGAUGAAGGGCAGUUUAGGGACUGGGAUUUUGGCUAUGCCGAAAGCCUUCUCCAACGCUGGUUACGUGGUGGGCUCCGUCGGGACGGUGAUCAUUGGCGUCCUUUGCACGUACUGCAUACAUAUCCUGAUAGACUCAUGUUACGUCCUGUGUAAGAGAAGAAAAGUGCCUUCACUGUCGUACACGGCCGCUGCAGAAGCCGCACUCCUCGAGGGGCCCGACUGGUGCAAAGCAUGUGCACCGUAUGCAGCGCACGUCGUGAACGCUUUCCUACUGGUAUACCAGAUAGGAACCUGCUGUGUGUACGUGGUGUUUGUGUCAGAUAACAUUUACUUCGUGCUUACAAAGCAUUUUGGUAUAGAAAUAACCGUUUUUCAAGUGAUGUUAUGUGUUCUCCUACCGCUGAUACUCAUCAAUUGGGUGCGGGACCUGAAGUAUCUCGCUCCAUUCUCCGCCAUCGCCAACGCGGUGACCAUCGUGAGCUUCGGAAUGAUUUUAUACUACAUCUUCAGAGAUACGCCCACUCUGGAAGGCAAGGUCCCCGCUGGAAAACUGGCCAACUUCCCGUUGUUCUUUGGAACUGUACUCUUUGCACUUGAAGCUAUUGGUGUGAUCUUGCCCCUUGAGAACGAGAUGAAGACACCGAGAGACUUCGUGGGCAAGUUCGGAGUGCUAAAUUGCUCCAUGAUCAGCAUCAUCGUGUUGUACGUAGGCAUGGGGCUGUUCGGCUACCUGCAGUACGGAGACGAGUCUGCAGGCAGCAUUACACUCAACUUGCCUAAUACAGAAAUUCUUGCCAACGUCGUCCAAUGCCUGCUUGCCUUCGCAAUCUUUAUCACCCAUGGCCUGGCCUGCUACGUUGCCAUCGACAUCCUGUGGAAUGAGUACAUCGGCAUCCGAAUGCUGAACAACAAGCAUCGGCUCAUUUGGGAGUACCUCUUGAGGACCGUCAUCGUACUGUUGACUUUCGGUAUCGCAGCCGCCGUCCCAGCACUGGAAUUGUUCAUCUCGCUGUUCGGAGCGCUGUGCCUGUCCGCUCUCGGCCUGGCCUUCCCCGCCCUGAUCCAGAGCUGCACCUACUGGUACUACGUGUCAAGGUCGGAACGCAUCCGAAUGAUCGUCAAGAACGCCAUCGUUGUGCUGUUCGGAGCUCUUGGACUUGUCGUCGGCACAUGGACCUCACUUGAACGCAUCAUCGCUACGUUUGGCACUAGCGUCAUUGAAACUGCGUCGAACCACACCAUGGCCCAAAACGAAACGCUAACACCCUGAAGUUCGACAGCCGAGAGCGUUGAUCCACUCUCGCACAGUGCCAUCGCGGAAUCCCGCAUUGUACAAUGCAGCGAUUCCUGUUAGGUACCUACACAAUUCGUUACAUAGAUUAUUUUAUAAGUAUUUUUUGAUUGACGUUUUCCAUGCAAACGUUAACGAUAAGAGAUGUAUUAUGACUUGUUGAUAUUGUUAAUCUUAAGACAGCUUUAUUAUAGAUGUAGGAUAGUGUGAUAAUAAGCUACUUGGAAAUAUUUCACGUAGGUACAAUAUUGAAUACUGUUAAAAUAACAUCUAGGUACACUUGUUCAUUGUCCCGUUGACAACAGUGGAUAAGCAGUUGCUAUUGAUUAAUUAUUAAUGUAGGUAUAAUAAAUGUUUGUAUUAAUUGUAGGAGCAUUGUGAUGUUUUCAGUGAUUUAUUAAAUGCUCUAAUAAAUAUUUAUUUUAAUUUAAAUUUCAAAUAAAUCAAUUUAAUUUAUCAAUGACCGUUAUAACAUUUUAAUGAAUUAAUUAUUUUUAAAUUAUAAAACUACAAAAAUACUUGUCAUCUUCUGAGCACCGUACCCGACGACUCUGAUAACUUUAAGCCAACCUUGUUCGCCACUCUGAGUAAUAUGUAUAAAACUACAUCAAAUCAAUUGGAAUGUAACUGUACUCUUGUUUCCGAUUAUACUGCAACAUGGGUCGCUAAACUGGUCAUCAAUUUGAAUAAUUUCUUAAGGCGCUGACAGCCCUAAUUGGCUUGUCUCAAACAAUUUUCUGGCCAAAUCUAUCCAGUUUUUGACGGCAAAAAAAAAUAUAUUAAUCUUGAACAUAUUUCUGAAAACCCUGUUAAUUUCAAAACGCGUUCUCGGUAAGCUUUCUCGAUACAAAAAAAAAACUUAUCUCAUAAAAUGAUCUUCCAACAAAAAUAUCUGUAUUACUUGUCAACGUACAUUGACAAAAUUUGAAACAUUAACGAGUCCAUAUGUAAAUACAGAACUUGGUCAUUUUUUUUUUUUUUUGACUACUCAACUCAUGUUAAAGCUAUUAAUUUAUAUUUGUAUGUUACGUCGCGUCAACAGGCUUCUCUCUCUCUUUCUCUCUCGUAUGUAUUUUGUUUUGGAUGCUGUCAGCCUCUUAAUCUGUUCUUGAACUGCUCGAUGGAUCGUUUCGUUUACCAUAGGUAUAUUAUUUGUUGAACUUUUUUAUUCCACAUAAAAAAUGUAUUUCAAACAAGCCAAUUUAAAGGCGAUAGCUAGUUUCCCAGCUAAGUAUAUUAAUGCCCUGGCUGGAGGUUACUAUCCAAAAUAUUGUUACUAAAUAUUUUCUUAUAAUAUCUAUCUAUAUAUGAUAAUAUUUAUAAUUGCAUUUAGUUAAUACAUAGGCCUUGUUAACGUUAAUUUAAAGUACCAUACAGUCUCAUUACAGUUGUCGGGUUAUACAUGGAACGGUUGUUACUAUUAAUAAGUUCUAAUUAUAAAUAUAUUUUUAGUUAAGCUUUUAUCCUAAUUCAGUGAGAUUGAGUGUAAGAUAAAGUGUGGCAUUUUGCUAUAGUAUCCUUAGUACAAUCACUUUAGGUUUAUAUGAAAUUGCUUUCUUCGAUGUUCAAAGAGCUAAAACUCGAAAGUGCCAUUCUGUAUAAGUCGAAAUUACUCCGUGCCUAGUUAGAAUUUGUGUAAGGUACAGCUUAGAUUUGUAGGCAGGCUUUUAAAAAACAGGAUAGUAAAAUAUAUAUAGUUACUUAAUUUUACAAAACUCAUACGGGCUUACAAAUGAACAUCGAACAACAUGGAUACAUUAUAAUUUGCUAAUAGUUGAAUUUUCUAUACUUAAUACCUUGCUUCAGCUUAACGAAAGUUGAAACUCUUCGUUUGGCUUGCCUGGACGACAAGACGUGUAUCACGUUGAGGAUAAAUACUGCAAGGCCAACAUUUCUAACUUUUUAUUUGUAGAAAGUAAUUAUUUAUAAGUAUAUGUAUAAAUUCUUCGCCAUAUGCAAUAUAUCCACGCCAAAUUAUGUAACUAGCUACGUCUGUGAACAUUGGCAGAUUUAUUAAACAAAAUAUAGUUUUAAUUUUAAAACCUCGCAAAAAAAAACAUUGUUACCGAAAAAUUGGUUGUACAUACAUAAUAGACCGGAUUAGAUGUGUCAUGAUCUAAAUUUGUAUUAAUAAUUCUACUUACUAAGCUUUUCUUUUACUUUAUGAUUUUCAAAAUAUUUCUUUAUUCAUUUUUUUCUCAAAAGGUUUUCACAGAUACUUAGUUCCUUCAAACAUACAAUUUAGUACAAAUGCCAAGCGUGUUCCGGUCAUGCAUAUUGAUACAAACUGUGAUGUUGAUAGCUAUAAAUAUAUUUAUUAGGAUGUAUUCACAUAGUUUCGAUUAUUUGUUUGUUGUGCUGUGUGUUGAACACGACAGUGAUAAUGUGCUCAUAAGUGUAAUUAGGUCAAACCCAAAUGUACCUAAUAAAAAUGAUUAUCUUAAUUA